CAGUUGGAGGAGGAUCUGAAGACUACUGCCGGCCGGGAAGAGCUCAAGAAACUGUUCAAACUGUGCGACUCCUUAGAGGGCGCCGACACCGACGACAUACACAACUUUGUCGGGAGUCUGACGUAUGCGGUCUCGGGUAUUGUUCAGUAUAACAGCAACAUUAAGGCCUUUUGUAAGCUGGUGACGGACCCGAGUGGUGGAGCCCGUGCUCUGGACAGGUAUGCGAAGGCACAGGCAGGUCAACACGGAGGAUGCAUUAACUUUAAAUACAAGAAUUUGAUUAGUUAUAUGAAACAAACGUCUAAACAGUCGCCGGCCGUCUCAUCGGGAAUAAGGCAAUGGACGUAUCAGACAUGCACUGAGUUUGGGUACUACCAGACCACUAGUCUGAAGGACAGUCCGUUUGGGCACAACCUUCCGGUCGAGUUCUACACGAAACAGUGCACCGAUAUAUUCGGUCCGCAAAUCACGGCCCAAACCAUCGAGAAGGCCAUCGAUGCCACCAAUUUCUACUAUGGGGGCCGUCAGCCCAAUGUGACAAACGUGGUGUUCCCUAACGGCUCACUCCUAGGCACCGUGCGUAACUCACAUGAGGUCCUGGAGUUGUUGUCGUGGCUGACUAUGUUUAGGGGUCGACCCAACGACAAGUAUGGUAUGUUUAGACCACCCGUUCCUGAUCCGGAUGAAGUACUUAAGGAAAUUAAACCGCAAUACUAUGACCAGAAACUCAACCAUUUGGAUGAUAAGGAUAACCGCACGUUUAAACAGAGCACCGGCGUUGGCCGAUACGGCGGACUUCAUACAGUAUUUGACCAAAAAGUUGUCACUGAAUGGAAUUACUUCACGCAACCCAUGAACGCCUUUUACGGCAACCUAUUAGUCAAUAAUCAGACGCAACAGUCGUUCCCCAACUUCAUGGCGCCGGCGUUCGGACCCUCACCGCUGCCACCGCCGGGCCUACCCUAUCAGUACCCGCUGUACCCGCAAUACCCGCCCUUUCCCGGGCAACAGUGCGCCACCAUUCAAGACAUACAGGCGCUGAUGAGGGAACGGGAGGAGCACCUGGCGCUGUGUCGACCCCUGGAGAGCGCCAGCGAAAGCGAGGACCACUUCGUGCCCAUAGUUAUGUCCGACUCAGAGGGCAUAUACUCACCCGACCCCCUGUCCGGCAACGAGGGCCCCAUCACUGCCCAACAGUUCGUUGAGGAACACAUACAGCGCGUGGAGGCCGAGGCAGAGGCUGCCGCCGAAGCCGAUAACCUACCCGUCCAUAGCGAGACAAUUGUGGGCGCGCUGGAUGGCCUGGGGUUAGACAUACAGCAGAGUCUGGCGGACAUAAAGGCGACUAAAAGCGAGUCGAAGCGCAGGCAUAAGAAAAAGUCGUCCAAAAAGCAUAAGAAUAGCAACGGAGCGGCCGUUCAGACGAGUAAUCAAAACAAUGGCAAUAAUAACGGAAAGGAUGGCAAUGACUGCGAGGAACAGAACCCCCUUAUGGGCGGUGAAGGGGGCGACGACCCGAACGAGGAUUUAGACCAAAAUUAG